AUGGUGGUUAGUGAAUCAAGAUCAGAAUUAUUACAAUGGUUAAAUCAUACCUUAGAUUUAAAUUAUACCAAAGUUGAACAAUGUGGUACAGGAGCUGCCUUUUGUCAAUUAUUAGAUUCAAUUGUGGGUGGGAUCCCUAUUUCAAAAGUUAAAUUCCAAGAUGUUGGUAAUAAUGAAUAUAAUUAUCGCCAAAAUUGGAAAAUUUUACAAGCUGGAUUCAAUAAACAUAAAAUAAAUAAAAAUAUUGAUGUGGAACGAUUAAUAAAAUGUCGAUUACAAGAUAAUUUAGAUUUAUUACAAUGGUUUAGGAAAUUUUGGUUAGAUAAUAAAAAGAUUAAUGAUGUUGAAUAUGAUGCAAAAGCAAUAAGAUCAACUAGAAGAAUAAGUGAUGGAAAUAGUAGUAAUAGUAAUAGUAAUAAUAAUGAACCAAGAAGAGUUACAUCAUCAUCAUCAUCAUCAAGUGGAUCUAAUACAUCAUCUACCAGUACAACUAGAAAAUCAAUUACUAAUAGUUCAAGUUUAAAUAUACCUAAGAAUAAUGCAUCCAUAUCUAGACGAAUUUCAAGUGGGAAUUUAUCAUCAACUAAUAAUAACAAUCAUCAUUCAAGAUCAAUCACUCCAUUAACACCAUCAAAUUUAGCUAAUCAAGCUCAUAGUACCACAUCUACUAAAUCAAGUCAAUUACAAAAAGAAUUACAAGAAUCAAUUCAAGAAAUAAGUUAUCUUAAUGAUGAAUUAAAACAAUAUAAACUUCUGUCUGAUAGUUUAGAAACAGAACGAAAUUUUUAUUUUAAUAAAUUACGUGAAAUUGAAAUUUUAAUUCAAAAUAUAUUAGAUGAUGGUGAAAAUUAUGAUCAAUCAUUGACGGUGCCAAAUUUAGCUCAACAAAUUCAAUCGAUAUUAUAUUCUACUGAACCCGGAUUUCAAGUGACUGAUCCUAUGGCCGAUGAUAAAACUCCGAUCAAUCAUAAUCAUACUACAAAUGAUGAUGCUAUGAAUGAUGAUAUAAAUGGGAUGAAUAAUUCCGUUAUAAUCCAUCAUCAUCAAAGACAUUCUCAUGUUAAUGAGCAAGAUAUUGAUAUCCUUGAUUCUGAAUCAUUCUAA